CAAAACAGAGACACAGGUAUCCAAUUUGGUAUAUAUAUAAGUCAAGAUGUUGCAAUUUUCAUAAAAUUCAACGAUAGUAUUGAAGAAGCUCUGUACGAAGCAAGAAUGUCUCGCCAUCUUCUCGUUUCAUUUGCCAUAUUGGCAAUAUUCUGUGCCAUGACAUUAAGUUCAAACCUCGAUGGACAUGAUGGAAAGAUAUCUCGUGUAGAGGUAGUAGGUAUUGAUUCAAAAGAUCACGGAAUGAAUCACGGAACUGGUCACGGAAUGGAUCACGGAAUUGGUCACGGAAUGGAUCUCGGAAUGGAUCACGGAAUUGGUCACGGAAUGGAUCACGGAAUGGAUCACGGAAUAGGUCAUGGAAUGGAUCACGGAAUGGAUCACGGAAUAGGUCAUGGAAUGGAUCACGGAAUAGGUCAUGGAAUGGACCACGGACUCGGCCAUCAGUUAGACGGCCACGUAGAUCACCUAUCACUCGGUCAUGACCAACACAUACCACUCGGUCAUGGAAUGCCACUCGAUCAUGGCAUACCACUCGGUCACGACCAACACGAAAUACAAAUUGUUAAAAUACCUGAAAUACACGAACAUGAGCAACCAAUUCUCUCACAUGAUAGUCAUCAUGAUCAUGGAAACCAUCAUUGUCCGAAAAAUGAAAUGUGGUCAAAAUGUGGAGCUCAUUGCGAACCAUCUUGCAAAAAUCGCAAUCCCCAUUGUUCAAAGAUGUGCACUGCUGGGUGCGUUUGCAGAAAAGGUUUAGUGAGAGAUGCGCAUCAUCACUGUGUUAAGAAAUGCCACUAAUAAUUAUUUGUAUCCAUCAGUUCCUUGGGAGAUUUUUUUGAUUUAUCUUUGGCCAAAGAUGUAAUUUGAUAUUAACCAGAAUUCUGAGUUUAAAAAUAAACUUCAA